AUGCUGCUGCAGCUAUUCUGCGUAUCGAUAAUUCUUAUGAACACGAAAUUCACUUGCGCUCAGACCGAAAGUUCGACGGGUUCUGCUGCGCCACAGCAAUUGCCAUUUACUUUGCCGACAUUGCCACCGCUAAAGUUUCACGCGCCGUGGGAAAUACCGCCAAGGAUUGAACUUUUGGCUUACAGAAAAAAGCGUCAGACGCCACAAGAAGUAGCGGCGGCAAAUCAGAUACGGAAGGAACUCGAGAUUCUGGAAAAACGAAGAAAAAAUAUUGCUGCCGAACGAGCGAAAUUACAGGAAAAAGGCUCUUGA